UGUGAGUGUGGGUUUCUAUAGAAUUUGGCUACAUCUAUCCCACAAUGUGAGAUAUCCAAGUGGAAUAAGUCAUUUAAUGAGACUAAAGACUUGUCAGGUCUAUUGUGCUGUUUGUGCUACGGUAACUCAUCAUUCAGGCAGUGUUGUAUUCACCUGAGUUACUGAAAGGAAGUCGCUAUAAGCAUAAGAGAGCUCACAUGGAAUUACAUAUGUAGCGCUAAAGGAAGUUCUUUUAUCCUAAUCCCCCAUAGGCAUAGUAAGCAUAUUUCCAGAUAAAGCACACAUAGAUGCAUUGUAUGUUAUGUGUGCCUGUGUUUCCCAGCGUAUCCUAGUGAGGAUUGGGGGUGUUACGUGAUGGUGAAAAGUAACGUGAGCAGAGAAGUGGGAGGUGCCAACUGUGUUUUUCCAUUAAAAAAAUUGAACCCAGCAGGUAAUCGGAUUAGAUUUGAGUUGGGUUCAAAUGGGAGAUUGUGAGAGCAGGAUUUGCACUCGAGCACAAGUGGCCUUCCACAGCCGACCUACUCGACAACUGAGACUAAGGGAACCCACGGAGAAGACGCCAAAAUGCCUGUGGAUCUGAACGGAUACUGGAAAAUGAUCUCCAACGACAACUUUGAGGAGUACCUCAAGGCUCUAGAUGUUAAUGUUGCCAUUAGGAAAAUUGCCACUUUGCUGAAGCCUGACAAGGACAUCGCCCAUGAAGGGGAUCACAUCAUCAUCAAAACCCUCAGUACCUUCAAAAACUACAACAUGGAUUUUUAUGUGGGCAAAGAGUUUGAGGAGGAUUUGUCUGGCGUGGAUGAUAGGAAAUGCAUGACCACCAUCACCUGGGAGGGAGACAAGCUGGUGUGUGUGCAGAAAGGAGAGAUUGAAGGAAGAGGCUGGACCCACUGGGUGGAAGGAGAUGAGCUUCAUCUGGAGCUGAGAGCUGCGGGGGUGGUCUCAAAGCAGGUCUUCAAGAAGACCUAAAGUGCCCCCUGAAGCCAACAAGAUGGCACCACCCUGCAACUGACACAGCAUCCAACGUCCCUGGUGGUCCAUUCAGGCUUCCAUUACGUAAUUCGGUCACAAUAUAUUAUCCCCGCUAAAACCAGAGUGAGCAGCAUGCAUAUGAUGCAUCAUCGCAGAAAUACUGUCUACUGACUCAGGAUGGGUGCUGAUUGGAUCAUCACAUCUACAUCAUGCAGAUGGGUGGGCCGCAUUGUUGGUUCCGGAUGCAUUGACGUGAGCCAAACAGGUUGAUCUUAAUAAAUUGAGACAAAUAAUUUAUUCAAUGAAGCUUUGAGUGUAGUUGAGGGACAGGAUAUCAGUCCUCCCCCCACCCCUAAAAUGUGUGUAAAUAUAUUAUAUAUCCUUCCCAGUUCUUUUGGGACUGUGUCACUGAUAAACUGAAUCAAUCAAUAAAAGAAAACCAAAACUA